UUCUGAACUUUUGUCAGAAAAAUGUACGUUAAUCACACAUAUAUAGACUAUUUCAUCAUUAAAGGGAUAUCAGACGAUCCGCUCCUUCAGCUUCUCAUAUUCCUUGUGGUCCUCAUCAUUUAUCUCAUCACCUUGUCUGGUAACCUAACCAUUAUUAUUGCAUGCAGAGACCCCCAACUUCAUACAGCCAUGUAUUUCUUCCUGGGAAACUUGUCUGUAAUAGACAUCUCUUGUACUACCGUGUCUCAGCACAAGAUCCUCAUCCAUUUUAUCACUGGUCACAAGACGGUCUCCUUUUUUGCCUGCAUGGCACAGAUGUAUAUGUUUGGCUCAUUACAGAUUCUUGAGCUGGUUAUACUGACAGCCAUGAGUUAUGAUCGAUAUGUGGCCAUCUGUAAACCUUUGCAUUAUCACAUUAUUAUGAAUCCAAGAACGUGUGUUUUGUUGGCUGCUUUCUGCUGGUUGUUUGCGUUUAUGGAAGUCCUUCCACCAUUUAUGGUAGUAUACAGCUUUUCUUGUUAUAUAACUAAUGAAAUCAACCACUUCUUUUGUGAUAUUGUCCCUCUGACCCAGAUAACAUGUGAUGACACUAGACUUGUGGAAACCCUAUUCUUCAUAGAAGUCUUGGGUCCUAUGAUGUUCAUUCCAUUUCUCCUCACAUUUGCUUCUUAUGUUUUUAUAAUAGCUUCCAUAUUGAAGAUCCGCUCUAGUUCUGGCCGACUUAAGGCCUUCUACACCUGUUCCUCCCACCUCACAGUUGUCAUACUGCUGUACACUACGCUAUUCAGCCAAUAUCUUUCACCAAGCCUAGGUAGAAACUUGGAUGCCAAGAAAGUUUUUGCUUUGUUUAAUACUGCUGCUGUCCCGAUGCUUAAUCCUCUAAUUUAUAGUUUGAAAAAUAAAGAUGUCAAUGCAGCUCUUAUGAGAAACAAAAGGCAGAACAAAGGGGACCAUUAA